ACUGUUCCCUGGAACCACCACCUGCAGGGCUGGGCUAAGGACUGAGUGAGAUGCUAUAUGCAGGGUGGCGCGCCGAGCACGAUGUCUGAUCCACAGUAAUUGCUUAAACCGCGUCAGCUUCCCCCCUACUCCCAGACCUCACGCGGGGACGUCAGUCCUCCCAAGCUGGCCUCCCCCGGGUGCUAAUCGUGGUCUCUGUUUCUGUCCCUAGCCAGGCUGGGGGCUCAAGGGGCAGGGCCAGGGCAGCCCCCUCUCCCGCAGAGGUGGAGCCUCGCAGGUCGGGACACGGUAGGCGGCCAGCACCUUUCCCUGGAGUGGGUGGCCACCCCGCCAGGAAGCGGCUUGGCCCAGCGAGGGGCGCCAACAGGGGCGACGUCUGGCCCCCGGUGUAGAUCGGGAGUUAAAGGCUCCUCCCUCCCAGGGAGGGUGGGUCCCCCGGCCGCAGCCUGGCAAUGGAAUGUUGUGUCGCCGGUUGCCCAGGCAACCAGGGCCUUUGCUCGGCGGCUGCUAGAGUGGGAGCACACUCGCUCGCAGGGGGUCGCCUGGGCUCGUGCAAAGCUCCUGCAACUGCCGGGAGCAUGGAGGUGCCCUGGGAGGAGUACGCCCGGCUGGCCUUGCAGGAGAAACUGCCCGCGAAGGCGCGGGAGCAGAGCGGGGACCGCUUCCCGCAGGUGCACUUCCUGCGGCUGCUGGACAAGAGGCAGGAGCUGGCGGACGCAGACCGCGGCCUGCGGGCCCAGAAGGAGGUGUUCCAGGCCACCAUGGCAGCCCUGAAACGGCGCUGGGAACAGCUGGAACAGAAGGAGCAGGAGCUCAAGGGGUCCUUCGUCCGUUUCAACAAGUUCUUGCAGGACGCUGAGGCCCGGCGCAGCCGCGCGCUGCGGAGGGCGGCGGAGGAGCGGCACCGGGCGGGCCGCCUGGAGGCGGAGGCGCAGCGGCUGCGCGCCCAGCUCGAGGAGCUGCGCCGGGAGCGCGCGCGGCUGCGACGCCGGCUGCGGCGCCUGGAGCCCUGCGCGCGCCUGCUGGAACGAGCGCUGGAGCAGCGGCCCGAGUUCCAGGAGGUCCCUGAGCUGGUGGCGCGCUUCGACGGGCUGGCGGACACGCGGGCGGCGCUGCGGCAGGUGGAGCGCGAGCGGCUGGCCGAGCUGGAGGCGGCGCGGGCGCGGCUGCAGCGGCUGCGGGACGCGGGGCAGGACGAGCUGCUCGCGCUGGGCCAGCGGCGAGCGCAGCUGCACGAGCGCCUGGAGGCGGCGCGGGCGCGCAAGCUGCAGUGGGAAUCCAAGUGGAUUCAGAUCCAGAACACAGCGGCUGCGAAGACCCUGCUCCUGGGGCGCGCUAGCAUGUCAGUGCUCAACCUGUACCAGUUGGUGUGCCAGCAUCGGAAGCAGCCACCGGCCCUGGACGUUGAGGACACAGAGGGACAGCUGGAGCAGGUGAAGCUGUUCAUCCAGGACGUCUCUGCCAUGCUGGCCAGCCUUGGCCAGGCCAAGCCUGCAGCCCCAGCCUCCUAGCCCUGCCACAGGCAGCCGCUGCCCUUCUGGGGCCAUCCGGCACUCCUUCUCACGGACGGACGAGGGCUCCUGCCGGGAGCGGCCCUGGUGCCCGGCA